AUGUCUUCUUCUCCCGAUCCCCUCAAUGAUUCUCCAACUUUUCACGGCCAUCUAAUAGCGCGACGCACGUCACUGAAUGCUCGUAGAGGUUCUAUAUCGCCCUCCAAACAACAUAAUAGUUCGCAAAGACCAAUACGGCACUCAUCCCAGUUAGAGUUGCUGGGGAGUUCGCCCAAGAAACAAACAUUCGAGUUGGAUGUUGGGGACCGCAUCACUCCUCAUAAGAUCAGGGUCACGGUCGAAGCUGGGAGCUCUGAUGGAGAAAACGGGCGACCUGAAGAUGUCUCGCCAAUGCCAACAAGAAGGGUCAGAACCACAACUACGAGGGUUCCAGUCAAAGGGCUCGAGGACGAGGAUGAAAAUGCUGCCACGCCCAAAAGAGGGCGGGGAAGGCCAAGGAAGUCAAUGGGAACACCGAUUCCGGUAAAAGCGCGAGGGCGAGCAGGCACUCCGAAGGGGAAAAGAGCAAGGAAAACGUUUGGGGGAGGAAACGAGGAGGAUGGUAGCGCAAUGCUCGAGAUUGGAGGCAAUGUCGAGGUUGGAAGGGGACAAUCGAGAUCGGUGUCUCGAGCGAGGAAAGCGCCGCAUCGCAAGGCUGGCCCUUUUUCAGAUGACAUCUCAACUACGAUACCGAGACCACGGCGGACCAGGAGGAAGAGCAUAUCCAAGGACCACGACGUGAUAUCAGAAAAGAAUGGGUCGAGCUCGCGUAGUAGUGUUGACGAAGCUGUCUCGCGGUCAACACGUGAUACCGACCGUUCGACAUAUCCUGUUGUAGGCUCAUCCGCCAUAGAAGAUGCUGAAGUUGGUGAUGUUGUGAUCGCCAGAUUUCACCCUGGCGACGAGACACCCCGGCGGACUGGAUGGUCAAGUCCAAGGAUAGCUGAUCAGUCGAAUAUACCCUCUCAGUCAAACGAUCAACAUAUUUCGAAUCUUUCGAACGACAUAUAUGAACAGAACGAAGAAGAAUCAACUGCCGCUUCGUCGCGGCGUGGCUCAAUUUCAUUGCACUCAAUCGUUGAUCAAGGUAUGGAUGAUGGGUACGAGAAGGAACUAGAGGUCGAGGAAGAGGCUGAUGAUGAAGCGCCACGCGAAUUUGAUACUAUCAUGGAGAGCGAAGGCUUCAGCAUGAUAUCUGUGGACUCUGUACAAUCCUUGCAAGAGAUUCGUAGCAGCCCUUGGAUUCAAGCCGACGUGCAGCAACCGGAGAAUCUAAUAAGAAAUAAGAGCCUGCUUUCUAUAGUAGAGACGCAUGUCGUCGAGGAGAAUUCAUUCAGCAUAAUCCCCGAAGAAAUUUUAGAGGCAGCAAGUCCAAAGAAGACCCAGAAAACCAGGGUACAGAACACCACCCAUGAGAUGAGGAAUCUUCAGUCAACGCGUGAGCCGGACAAUUCGACGCGCAAAUCCCAUGUUUCCAGAUUACUGGCAAAGAAGGCCACCCGUAUGGAAGAUUCUUUCUCUAGCAUUGCGCCAGAAAUUCUCGAAGCAGCUACUCCAAAGAGAGUAGUUCAAAAAAAGGCAUCAAUGUCAUCAACUAUCAAAAACGACCCAUUAUACGAAGACUCUUUCUCUGCAAUCCCAGGCUCCAUCCUUGAAGCUGCCACACCUGCAGCCAAACGAACGACAAUCUUCGAGAAGAACGGCUCGACACAAAAAACAGUGGCAUCUAGUAAUCUUAUUGUCACUGGUUCAAAGAAGAGUUUGUUUCCUUCCCAGGUUGUCAAUGCGACGAGUCCGCGACUACUAACUCCAGAAGAAACUCCAUCGCCGACGUCCGAUUCAAUGCCUAGUAAGGUUGUUGGCUCAGCUACCGAAGUUUCUAUUCCGGAUCAAGAGCUUUCGGCCCACGGAAAUCCCUCUGGAGAGGAAGCACCGCCCGCAGACUCAUAUAUGGCAUCGUCACCUCCGUCAGUAGCACCGAGAAGAUAUACAUACACUGCGCAUCUUCGCCAACAUCGAAAUAUGGACCGCGAAAUGGCUGAGACACCAGCUAUUACUUUCUCCUCCCCCUCUUUACCGCCACCGAUCCAGCUUCCUAAACUUCAGACUGGACUUGCCCAUGGUCUCCCAGAAAGCAGGCGCCCAACGUUGUCUCCCAUCGCUAGGACUGGUCAGAUUCUCCAAGAUGUAAUUGUUCCACUUUCGUCCCCACGAUCACGGUCGCAAAGCUUGGGAAGCCCAUUCAAAAGUCCAGCAGCAAGCAGGACAUCUUCAAGUGCCACUCGUGGUUCACAAAAUUCCCCAUCUCAACAAGAAAGAGAUCGGCCAAAAGUAUCGCUAUCCGCAAAUAUUGCUACACUUUCGUCACACAACUCAAAUUGGACCCGUUCUAGCAGUCACGAAGAUCCAUUUAGUAACUCGACCCGCGCCCAUCGAUCCCCGUCGCUUCACGACAAAGAGCAAUACACCCUCGAAUUGCCAUGUAAUAGAGUUCCUCGGGAUCAAACCGGUGGGAGUCAAAAAUCAAGAUUCGAAUCUCUACGGAGUGAGGACGCGAUGAGCUGGCAACCAGAGGAAGAGAUCGAUCUAUCGAACAGAUCUGCUGCAGCCAUGAGCAAGCUGACUUCGGAGCAAAGAUGGGCAGCUGAGAGAGCGGAAGUGAGCAAGCAAAUAUCUUCUGCCGAUAGGAGGAACGUAAUUGUGAUAGGUUCUGACGUGGACGACGGACUAGUUUCAGGCCACGAUGAGGAUGAGGACUUUGAUCUAUUAUUAGAGACAAUGGGCUCUUCUUCGCCUCAUCAAUCACCGGAUCCCCCCCAGGAGACUGUGCCACACGCUCCUGAGAAUCUAGAGAAGCCAAGAAGAAGUAAGAUACCCAGCCCGUGGAGGAAAAAUAGUAAAAGGCUAGUGUAUAGCGACGAGGUGUCGCAGUUUUCAGAACUUGUUGAGAAGGAACACGCCAUCGCUGGGAACGUCAUUGAGGAUGCCGACAUGAGACCUGUGACAGCUCGCCGUACUAUCAUUCGUGAUCAACCCGUUGAAGAUUCGGAUCUUGAUCUCUCAGGAUGGCAGAUCCCUCAAAAGUCAAACUUCAAACCUCGAGGUCGCUCCGACAGCGGCGCACCUAACCUUUCUGUUCUGCUUGGGGGUGAUUCACCACCAAAGUUGCCUGUUAUUUCUACGCGGUCCUCUCAGGUAGAGAGGAAACCGAGCAGUUCUUACAACAAGAGUGGCAACGAUGAUACUGUCGAAGCGGAAACUAACCAGCAAAGAGACAAGGCAUCGUUCACUCCAAUACCUCAAAAGAUGGGUUUCGCACCUAAAACUCGAAUUGAAGCUUCAGCCGUUCAGGAGUCCUCGCCUAGAAAGUCAGUUCUGUUUGGUGAUGUUGCUCAAAAAGAGGCAAACCCUUUGUUCCAAAGCAGAGCCAACAUCCCAGUGGUAAAUGCCACAAUCUCGGGCAUAGCUUCAUCCUCACAAGGACCAUACGACGGAAGUUCUUCAUUAAGAUCAUCUGUCGAGAAGGAAAAUCGAGAGAUCGGUAAAAGGACACUCAAAUGGACCGAGACCAUCCAGCUACCAUCCAACCGAGUGACUUGCGCAACCUCACCAUCUAAAUCAUGUCUUCGCUCCCCUCUUAAAACACCCACCGCGAGCCGCCCUUCACCCUUCGAGUCUCCAUCAAAAGCUGUAGCAUUCGUGUCGUCAUCUCCAGCCCCGCGAUCGCCGAAACAGCCUCUCUCUGCGACAACAUGGUCCAAAGACCACUGGCUGCUCUUAGAAUCGAUCAUGAAAACCCAUAAGCCAAGUAAAUCUCCCAAUUCGGGCUCUGGCUCAUCAGAUGUUUCCAAUCAGAGUCGGAGAAGGAACUCAACUAGAGUCAUCUCAAAACUGCUCGGCAGAACAGUGAGGUCUGAAGGCGAGAGCUUGGUUUUGGAACAGUGGCAUCUCGAGGUUGUUGACGAGUUUAGGGGUCUUGUGGCUGGCUGGGAGGAGAAGGUCGUUGCUAUGCGGGUCUUUGCGCUGAUUAAAGGUGGCGAGAGGAGAGACAGGACGACAGAGGGGGAAGUUAGAGGGUCGAGGAGGGUAGUUGUUUGA